GGGAAGAAGGGGAUCAGUCCGAGGAGGAGGAAGAAGAGGAAGACAAGUCAAACAGCCCGGUGUAGCAGAGAGGAGUGAAUGUCCAGCAGUCCUGGUCCCUAACAGCUGGGAGCCCAGCCCCCUGCCUCCACCCUGCAUCAACCUGAACCUCCUCUGAGGCCAUGGGCCCCAGAGCACUGCUCUUCCUGCUAGUGGCCGCAGUUCAGCAUGCUCGAGGGACUCCAGUGAUAGAGCCCAGCGGCCCUGAGUUGGUCGUGGACCCAGGCACGACAGUGACCCUGCGGUGUGUGGGCAACAGCAGCGUGGAGUGGAAAGGCCCCAUCUCCCCCAGCUGGACCCUGGACACUGCCUCCCUCAGCAGCACUCUGACCACCACCAAUGCCACCUUCCAAGACACAGGGACCUAUCACUGCACAGAGCCUGGAGACCCGAUGGGGGGCAGUGCCGAGAUCCACAUCUACGUCAAAGACCCUGUUCAGCCCUGGAGGCUGCUGACACAGGAGGUGACGGUGUCGGAGGGCCAGGAUGCCUUGCUGCCCUGCCUGCUCACCGACCCGGCGCUGGCAGGCAACAUCCAACUGAUGCUGAUACGCAAUCGAAAGGUCUUGCGCCAAACCAACUACUCCUUCUCGCCCUGGGAUGGCUUCACCAUCCACAAGGCCAAGUUCAUUGAGAGCCGGGACUACCAAUGUAAGGCUUGGGUAGACGACAGGUGGGUGUCUUCGCCCAGCAUCAGACUGAAAGUACAGAAAGUCAUCCCAGGGCCUCCAACUUUGACACUGAAGCCUGCAGAGCUGAUUCGGAUUCAAGGAGAAGCUGCCCAGAUCGUGUGUUCAGCCAGAGAUGUUGAUAUUAAUUUCGAGGUCUUCCUCCUGCAGGGAGACACCAAGCUCACAAUCAAUCAAAAAACCGACUUCCUGGACAAUCGUUACCAAAAAACCCUGACCCUCAACCUGGAUCACGUCGACUUCCAAAAUGCUGGCAACUACUCCUGUGUGGCCUCCAAUGUCCAGGGCAUCAGCUCCAUGUCCAUGAUCUUCCGGGUGGUAGGUGAGCAUCAGGGUGGUCUAGUCCCGAGUGGCCACAACAUGUCCAGGUACAACUCCAUCCUCUCCCUGCCUCGCCUGAAGCCCUCAGAGGCCGGGCACUACUCCUUCAUGGCCAGCAAUGAUGGAGGCUGCAAGGCUCUCACCUUUGAGCUCACCCUUCGAUACCCCCCAGAGGUCAAAAUCACAAGGACCUUCAUCAAUGGUUCUGAGGCCCUACUUUGUGAUGUCUCUGGUUACCCCCCUCCCAACGUGACCUGGCUGCAGUGUCAGGGCCACACUGAGCGGUGUGAUGAGGCCCAAGGACUGGUUCUGGGGAGCCCCCACACCAAGUUCCUGAGCCAGGAGCCCUUCCACAAGGUGACCAUCCAGAGUCUGCUGGCCACUGGGACCCUGGAACACAACAAGACAUACGAGUGCAGGACCCACAACAGUGUGGGGAACAGCUCCAUCACCUUCAGCCCCAUCGUCACAAGCCUGGCCAUGCAGCCCCCCGAGGAGUCCCUCUUCACGCCAGUGCUGGUCGCCUGCAUGUCCAUCAUGGCCUUGCUGUUGUUACUGCUGCUGCUGCUCUUAUACAAGUACAAGCAGAAACCCAAGUACCAGGUGCGCUGGAAGAUCAUCGAGAGCUACGAGGGCAACAGCUACACCUUCAUUGACCCCACCCAGCUGCCCUACAAUGCAAAGUGGGAGUUCCCUCGAAACAACCUGCAGUUCGGUAAGACCCUGGGAGCCGGCGCCUUUGGGAAGGUGGUGGAAGCCACAGCCUUUGGUCUGGGCAAGGAGGAUGCUGUCCUGAAGGUGGCUGUGAAGAUGCUGAAGUCCACCGCCCAUGCUGACGAGAAGGAGGCCCUCAUGUCGGAAUUGAAGAUCAUGAGCCACCUGGGCCAGCAUGAGAACAUAGUCAACCUUCUGGGAGCCUGCACCCAUGGAGGCCCUGUCCUGGUCAUCACUGAGUACUGCUGCUACGGCGACCUGCUCAACUUCCUCCGCAGGAAGGCGGAGGCCAUGCUGGGCCCCAGCCUGAGUCUAGGUCCCGAGGCCGAGGUGACCACAGGCUAUAAGAACAUCCACCUGGAGAAGAAAUACGUCCGCAGGGACAGCGGCUUCUCCAGUCAGGGCUUGGACACCUAUGUGGAGAUGAGACCUGUUUCCACUUCUUCUUCAAACGACUCCUUCUCUGAGCAAGACCCGGACAAGGAGGAGGGGGCGCUGCUGGAGCUGCAGGAUCUGCUGCACUUCUCUAGCCAGGUGGCCCAGGGCAUGGCCUUCCUCGCCUCCAAGAACUGCAUCCACCGAGACGUGGCGGCCCGGAACGUGCUGCUGACCAGCGGGCACGUGGCCAAGAUUGGGGACUUCGGACUGGCUCGGGACAUCAUGAACGACUCCAACUACAUUGUCAAGGGCAACGCCCGCCUGCCCGUGAAGUGGAUGGCCCCAGAGAGCAUCUUUGACUGCGUGUACACAGUGCAGAGUGACGUCUGGUCCUACGGCAUCCUCCUGUGGGAGAUCUUCUCACUUGGACUAAACCCCUACCCUGGCAUCCUGGUGAACAGCAAGUUCUACAAACUGGUGAAAGAUGGAUACCAAAUGGCCCAGCCCAUGUUUGCCCCAAAGAACAUAUACAGCAUUAUGCAGGCCUGCUGGGCCCUGGAGCCCACCCGCAGACCCACGUUCCAGCAGAUCUGCUCCCUGCUGCAGGCGCAGACCCCAGUGGACAGAAGCGAGCGGGACUAUGCCAAUCUGGCAAGUAGCAGUAGCAGCAAUAGCAGCAAUAGCAGCAGCAGCAGCAGCAGCAGCAGCGAACCUGAGGAGAGCUCCAGUGAGCACCUGGCCUGCUGUGAGCAGGGGGACGUUGCCCAGCCCCUGCUGCAGCCCAACAACUACCAGUUCUGCUGAGGGGACACAGCAUCCCU